AUGGGCCCCGCCAUCUCCCCCUACUUCGACCCCCUCGGUGACGGCGACGAAGCUUACGAUCGCGGCGCGGGGCCGCCGCGGCGUGCUGCUCGGGAGGAGGCCGAGGCCGAGGCGGCGCGCCGGGAGGAAGCCGAGGACGACGGCGGCGCCAUGUCGCUCGACGCGAGGAGGCUCCGGGCCCGGCACGCGACGGAGGGGUACCGCGACGGCAUCGCCGCCGGCAAGGCGGGCAGCAUCCAGGGCGGCUUCGACGGCGGCUUCGAGCUGGGCGCCCACGUCGGGCUGCGCGCCGGCCGCGUCCUCGGCCUGCUCGAGGGCAUCGCCGCGGCGCUGCGAGGGAGGGGCGGGGGCCGGGGCGGUCCCCUCGCCGACGCCGCCGCCGCCGCCGCCGAGCGCCUCCUCGCGGACGCGGCCGCCGAGCUGACCACCGACGCCGUCUUCGCCGAGGAGUACUGGACCCCCGACGGCAGCUGGAGGUACAGCGUGACGCCGCGCGAGGGCGCCGACAGCGCCGUCGCCGUCGCCUUGAGCGACGUAGCCGGCCAGCACCCGCUGAUUGCGAAGUGGGAGGGCCUGGCUACGCGCGAGAUCGAGCGGUGGGGCUUGAACUAG